UUGGCUCCGUGCACGACUCUACUUCCGUUCUACUUCCGCACCUCGACUGUGUGGGUGAGCACUUCCGGCAAGAUGGCGAUGUUUUACACCAGAUGUCUCCAAGACCUGCCAAAAAUUACUAUAUCAGACGUCCACAGACUCGUCCGAAAUGGAUGCUCUGCCCCCCGGAGUAAACGGGAAAAGGGGUACAAGAUGUACCUUUCAAGUUUUAUUGACAACUAUGAAGGUAAGUUUGAAACUGACAGCAAAACACGUUCACAUUGUUGUAUCACUAACUAGGUAGCAGUAGCUAUGUAGUUAACAUUUAGGUCAGUUGUCCUGUACAGAUUUUAGAUUUGUAGAAUUAACAAUUGUUUUUAAACGUUUUAUUUUUGGUUGAGGUGCAUACGAUACGACCAAAACAAAAACGCAGCACCCUGAAAAAGCGCUAACUUUCCAGAACCAAAACAAACGAUUCAACCGGGCGUAGAGAAAACAUAAUCUAUCGCUAAGUUUAGACAGCUGUCUAUUUAUUUGUCUAUUUGAGCCGUUUAUUUAUUUGACAGGUCUGAGUAUUUCUUUUUGGUUUAUGUUAGUGCUGCACGCUUAAUCAUAUCAUGUAAAUGCCCUGACUGUGACACACACACACACACACACACACACACACACACACACACACACACACACACACACACACACACACACACACACACACACACACACACACACAGAAAGACACGCACCAGUGUCGUGCGCACAGACAGUACGGCAGAAUACAGUUCUGUUUCGUGCUUCUUUUGCAGCUAUAGUAAGUAUUGGUCUAUAUGUCUAACAUUACAUGAAUGAUGCUAAAUUCCCACAGUUUCAAACAAAGACCCUGCAGGGAGGGUGACCGUCAGGGCUGUAUGUUAUAGGUCCAUGAGGAAGCAUGAGAAGCCUCACGACCUCAGAAUUACUUUUGAGGACAGCUCACCGAUUCAAAUAGCGGUGGCUGAGUGCUCCUGUGUGGCUGGAACCGCUCUCUGCAACCACAGUGUUGCACUACUGUAUCAGACCACAAAAUACUCUACGCUACAACUAAAAGCAGUACCACCUGUCCUCAGCUGCACAGAAACUGAGCAGCGAUGGCAUAAACCACGAAGAUUGGGUGUGAAACCAGGCAGAGUGGGUAACAUGGUAUUCAUCUCAACCAAACCCAAGUCAAGACAGUACACAGCUGCUGAUGGUGUAAGGAGCAAGCGCUACAAAGCAGUGCGGGGUGACUUGCCAGACCCAGAUUCCCUGAAGGUUGACGAGGCAUACCAGGACUUCGCGGCAGAACUUGCUCCGCUAAUCACUACACUCUCGAUAAGCAGUGAUGUCCCUCUUGUUGAUUCAACCUUUGGGACCGUUCAAGAAGGGAGCCCCAUUUCAUAUCAGCACCCAUUGCCAGUGAGUAGGGUAAUCAUCCACCACCCAGACGCACCCCCUCCACCACCCCUGCCGUUAGAUGGUCACAGGCUGGACCCAACCACAUGUUCCUUUGUGUGCACUCACCAACAACACCUUAAUGUAAUGUCCCUUAACAUUACUUUUGACAUGGCAAGAUCCAUCGAGAUGGCUACGAGAGAACAGAGUGGCAGCGCAGAGUGGCACAGCCUGAGGAAGAUGAGGAUCACUUCAUCCAGGUUCCGUGAGGUGUGCCAUGUCCGAGGUCACAGCUCUGCAGAGAACCUUGCAGAACGCAUCCGCAAAGGUGGGGUUCAGACAGCCUUGAUGAAGAGGGGGCUGGCACUGGAGCCAGAAGCUAUUCAGCAAUAUGCCCGCAUUAAAAACGUCAACUACUGGCCAUCAGGAUUUGUCAUCCAUCCAGAUGCUCCCUGGCUCGGAUCCUCUCCAGAUGGUGUCGUUUUUGAUCGAACGGAGGCACCACCGUUCGGGCUGGUGGAGGUGAAAUGCCCCAACUUGAAGAGCUAUGUUGACUCUGGUUGCCUGCACAUGCAGAGUGGCGCCUUGCGUCUGAAGCCAAGCCACAGCUACUAUUGGCAGGUGCAAGGCCAACUGCUUAUCACUGGAAUGCAGUGGUGUGAUUUUGUGGUUUUUGCAGAGGAGGACCUUUUUGUACAAAGAAUUUAUACAGAUGCAGAGGUUGCUAGGGUUAUAAGGGAGAGGGGGGAUUUUUUCUUUUUCUAUCAUUACCUGAUCUGAUCUUUAAAACAUUAAUGGUUCAGCCUGGUGUAAAAGUUUUGUGAUUAGCUGUAAAACAAUUAAUCACAUCCAAAAUAAAAGUUUGUAUUUACAUAAUAAAUGUGUGUGUGUAAUGUGUAUAAUUAUUUUAUCUAUAAAACACACACAUAUGCUUGCAUAUUAUUUGCAAUAACUAUAUUAUUAUCAGCAGCAUGUGCAUAUUACUGCAUUUAUAUGUAAUUUAUAUUAUAUAUUUUAUAUGUAAAUACAUUUCUCUUAAAUGUAUACAUGCACGUAUGUGCAUUUAAAAACAAAGUAAUUAUACACAGUACACACACAUUUAUUAUGUAAAUACAAACUUUUAUUUUGGAUGUAAUUAAUCGUUUUGCGUCCCUAAUUGUUAAUAUUAGAUCGUUGUAUAAGUGUUAUUCAAUAUGUUCUUAUUAAAUUCUACAUCUAAUGUCA